CCUCCGCGUCGAAGAAGAGCGUUCGGCAACCCUUCGAAGAAAAGAAGCGCAGGUCGCCGUCUAUCCUACACAAGAAGCACGAGCCCAGGCGGCGGACGGAGCGCGCAGACGACGACACGAUGGACGUGUUUCUGAUGGUGCGACGUAAAAAGACCACCAUCUUUCUGGACGCCAAGGAGACAACCUCGGUGCGCGAGCUGAAGAAGAUGAUCGCCGGAAUCACCAAGGUCGCGCCCGACAACCAGGUGCUGUACAAAGACGACCAGUGCAUGGACGACAACAAAGUGCUCACCGAGUACGGCCUCAACAGCAGCACAGCCAAGGCCCAGGCGCCGGCCACCGUGGGGCUUGCCUUCCGGGAUCCCGACACGGGAAAGUUCGAACCGCUCGAAGUGACGCCGCUAUCGAGCCCACCCGAGCUGCCGGACGUCAUGAAACCGCCCGAGUCGCAGACCCACGAACAAACGGUGGCCUGAGGCGUUCGUUGCCGCAACACUUACUUCAGCGCCUGCUUCUCGGACCCCCCCCUACCACGACGCAUUUCUUUUUCUUUUCUCCCUGUCUUCCCUCUACGACCACGGUUGAAGCUUUUCCUCAUUCCCUGGACCACCCUUCCGCAUCAGUGCCUCUUUGGGGACUGCGCUUUUGCCUUUGGUUCAACUCCCGUUCUGUGUGUGUGUGCUUUCACGGCGCCGGACUGUCAUCGAUUCGGAACAGGAAAAUGGUGGGUCACCACUAACGAACUGCCGUGACGUGCGAGAUAAAAAAGUGCUUUUUUCAUUAUUUUUUUGUUUUCUUCCCGCAUUCGAAGAAGCAAUUAGCCUGAUGUCAAACCUCAGCUGUCACGUGAGUGCUGUUGCUAGACCCCUCAACCCGCGUUGUCUCUGUUCGGCACGCGCUGGAAGAGGACGGGGGAAAAGUUAGUUUUGUUUUUUUUUUUCGGUUUUUUAUUCCACCCCUUACAUUUUGACCUAACGGUGACGCUGCAUUUCUUUCUACCCUCCAUGUCAGUUUUUCAUUUUCUCGGGCUGAUCGGAGAACUUGUGUUGAGUACCCGCGUCGGAAAAACACAUUUCGUUUCAUCAGUUGAGUGCGCCGAUGACUGCACAGUUCGCCGACAGCCCUUCACAUCGUUUAGUGCCACUUUUUGGUAUCUGAGCCCUGCGCGAUAGUUGCCCUGUUUUUGUUUUCACAGUCAGUGAAGCUGUUCGGUGUGUCACUAGUGCAGAAACAACUCCCGCACCUUCACCCGGACUUGCGUGAAAUCUAAAUAUAAACUAUUCUUGGCACCGUUCGUGCUUGGCGAGUCGAGGGCAACUUGUACACUCUUCACUUCUCGAACAUCCGUGUUCACCUAGAAUUUGAAAUAAUGACACAUCAUUUCUGUUGUUUUCACUUGGCAGCGUAUUAGCAAACUUGCUCCUUUCACCACUUUCUGGUUGGUUGCGUGGAAUAGAGACCCCACUGCGUAAGCCUCGACCGAGAGUCCCUUGAAAGUUUUAUUGUGAAACUUAAAAUGCUGCAUCCCUGCCCAGAUUGGGCCCUGUCCAUGAUUCAAGCACAUAGCGACAGCACCGCAGGUAUUCUCUCUGUGCCCUUACUGACGAUUCGUAACUAUGUUUAGCUUUUCACGUGAGCAUUUAAAUGCACUGAGCUGCACAGACUAGGGGCAAUCGCUUCGUGCAUAACAGUGCCGUGCGUGCAGUCAUUGUGAUGGCCUUGAAAUGCACUGGUGCAGAGUGGUUGUCGAAUGGUUGUUUGUACACACAGCAACUAUGCUGCUCAUCACAUUUAAUUUAUUUUAAUGGAGAAAAAGAUUGCCUAGAAGCUCUUUGUAAAACCAAAACAGUUGUGUGUGUGGAACGAAUGUGAAUACACUGUUGGAGGCAAUUUUCUUUGUUUUUAAAAGGAAUUUGUUGCCUACAACGUGAGAUAUUGCUUUUGUUAUAUAGAAAAAAAAUAGUCAAGUGUUUAAUAGUGGCGAGGCGCAUGCUUUGUUCUGAAUGUUGAAAAUAAUUGUACUUAAAGAUUCACUGUGUAGAAGAUUCAUUUGGCACAUUAAAGCAGUUUGUUUUAAGAUUGUGCAUACA